GUUCUAAAAAGCUACCUUGAAWGGGUCUGUCGCCACAUAUUAAUCAGUGAUAAAUGUCCAUACAAUUAAUAUUUUCUGAAAGUUUCAUAAAACUAUAAUUUGAGCAAAAUUUCUGCUUACAACUCAGUGUUUAACCAGCCCAUUAAAUACACAAGAAGUUGAUGCUCUUCGUUCAUUGACGAUCUUCGUUUGACCUCUUUCCUCCGCCACGUUUGGGGGGCAAGCGGAAGUGAGUGGGAGUGAGACAUCUCGCUGUUGUUAUGGUCUCUCCGUCUCUCGUCUCCACAUCACCACCUCCACCAUCAUCACCCUCCAUCAGCUGCAGCCCCGCCUCAGCCCGCAUCUGUCGGUCUGUCUGUCAGAUCCGCGCCGCUGCUCCGUCCGCCCGUGGACGUGUGUGGACGCAGCAUCCACAGCCAGCGGCUCCAAGUUCAACCGGUAGAUUUUUAUCUGGAGGAGCACCACCCUCCUCCUCCUCCUCAUCAUCAUCAUCAUUAUGUCCGAGGUGCGGAAAUUCACCAAGAGGCUCAGCAAGCCCGGGACGGCGGCGGAGGUCCGGCAGAGCGUGUCGGAAGCUGUGAGGAGCACCGUGGAGCUCGUGGAGCAGCCAAAGAUCAUCGAACCUCUUGACUAUGAGACCGUGGUGUUUCAGAGGAAGGCUCAGAUCCACAGUGACCCCCACAGAGACCUGCUGCUCUGCCCUGUUGAUGAUGUCUCUGAGUCGCAGAUCUCCCGGCAGAGGAGGACAGUCGUUCCCAUGGUCCCUCAGAAUGCCGAGCAGGAGGCCAGGAGUCUGUUUGCUAAAGAGUGCAUCAAGAUGUACAACACCGACUGGCACGUUAUCAACUACAAAUAUGAGGCUUACUCCGGUGAUUUCCGCAUGUUGCCAGGCAAAGGCCAGAAGAUGGACAAGCUGCCGGUUCAUGUGUUUGAAAUUGAUGAAGAUGCCAAAGACGAGGACACAUCAUCACUGUGCUCACAGAGGGGAGGCAUCCUGAAGCAGGGCUGGCUGCAGAAAGCCAACAUCAACAGCAGUCUGUCUGUCUCCAUGAGGGUGUUUAAACGGAGGUACUUCUACCUAUCGCAGCUCCCUGAUGGAUCCUACAUCCUUAACUCUUACAAAGAUGAGAAAAACUUCAGGGAAACCAAGGGCUCCAUCUACCUGGAUUCCUGCAUAGAUGUUGUUCAGAGUCCUAAGAUGCGACGCAAUGGCUUUGAGUUGAAGAUGCAAGACCGCUACAGCCACUUCCUGGCUGCAGAUAGUGAAGCAGAGAUGGAGGAGUGGGUAGUGACGCUCAAACAGGCUCUGCAGAGCAGCACUGAGGCCAGCCAGGACAAGAGGAAUGGAGCCGAGUCUAUGGACUGUGCCGCAGACGACGACUCUUCGAGCCAAGGCAAAGGCGAGAGCCUGCAGGACAACCAGGGGAGGAGCUUACACGUUGAACUCAUGAAGUAUGCAAGAGAAACUGAGCAGCUCAAUAAGAUCAACAGGAACGAAGGCAGACUGAAGCUUUUCUCCCUGGAUCCUGAAAGACAGAGGCUGGACUUCUCGGGCAUCGAGCCAGACGUGAAGCCGUUCGACGAGCGCUUCGGCCGGCGCAUCAUGGUCAGCUGCCACGACCUCGCCUUCAGCCUGCAGGGCUGCGUUAACGAGCGCUCCGACGGCGUCCUCACCAACGUGGAGCCAUUCUUCAUCAGCCUCGCCCUCUUUGACGUAUCCAAGAGCUGCAAGAUCUCGGCCGACUUUCACGUGGACCUGAACCCACCAUGUGUCCGGGAGAUGCUGACCGACACCUCAGGCCAUCCCUCUCCUUCAUCGGACUCUGAGGGAAGAGAGGCRGGAGGAAGAGUCAUGGUGAACGGAGACUGUGGACGAGGGAACGGCCUGCCUGUCCUGCAGAGGGUGUCUGAGGCUCUGCUGCGCUUCCCCACACAGGGCAUCUUCUCAGUGACCAACCCCCACACAGACAUUUUCCUGGUGGCCAGGGUGGAGAAGGUGCUUCAGAACGGUAUCACUCACUGUGCUGAGCCGUACAUYAAGACCUCUGACGUCACUAAGACAGCCCAGAAGGUGCUCAAAGUUGCUAAACAGACAUGCCAACAUCUUGGCCAGUACAGGAUGCCAUUCGCCUGGGCGGCCAAACCUGAGAAGAACAAGCUUCAAAUCAUCCCAGGACAGCUGAAUGUGACCAUUGAAUGUGUCCCACCUGAUUUAUCAAACACCGUGACGUCCUCUUACGUCCCUGUCAGACCCUUCGAGGACAGCUGUGAACGGGUGUCCCUGGAGAUUGAGGAGUUCCUACCCGAGGAGGCCAAGUACAACCACCCRUUCACCACGUACAAGAACCAGCUCUACAUCUACCCCUGCCUGCUCAAAUAUGAUAACCAGAAGACCUUCACCAAGGCUCGAAACCUUGCUGUCUGCAUACAGUUCAAAGAUUCAGAUGAAGAGGGAGCGACUCCCUUAAAGUGUAUCUACGGCAAGCCGGGAGACUCACUCUUCACCAGCAGCACCUACGCAGCUGUCCUGCACCACAACCAGAGCCCGGAGUUUUACGAUGAGGUUAAGAUUGAGCUGCCAGUCCACAUUGAUGAGAAGCACCACAUCCUCUUCACCUUUUUCCACAUCAGCUGUGAGUCCAGCAGCAAGGCCGGCAGCAAGAAGAGGGAGGGAGUGGAGUCACUGGUGGGUUACUCCUGGAUGCCUUUGCUCAAGGAUGGAAGGAUGCAGUCGUCUGAGCUGCAGUUACCUGUAGCUGCUGCACUACCUGCUGGGUAUCUCUGUCAAGACAGCAAAAAGUCCCAACCAGACAUCAAGUGGGUUGAAAAUGCCAAGCUGCUGUUCAAAGUGAGGAGCCAUGUCGUWUCAACAAUCUAUCCUCAGGACCUCCAUCUACAUAAAUUCUUCCAGCACUGCCAGCUGAUGAGGUCAGCAUCAGAUAGAAACCCAGCAGAACUGAUCAAAUACCUGAAGUGCCUUCACGCCGUGGAGACUCACAUCAUCAUCACCUUCCUACCAACAGUGCUCAUGCAGCUGUUUGAGGUGCUCACAGCUGCCUCCAAAGAAGCUCACGAGAUUGCCGUCAACUCCCUGCGAGUGAUUAUACAUAUAGUUUCCAAAUGUCAUGAGGAGGGACUGGAACAUUACCUGCGCUCUUUUGUUAAGUAUGUGUUUUUGACACCUGAGUCUGGAAGCUCUGCGACUACUCACGAGGUGCUGGCCACGGCUGUAACAGCUGUCCUCAAACAAACUGCUGAUUUCAACACCAUCAACAAACUGCUCAAGUACUCAUGGUUCUUCUUUGAAACCAUGGCAAAGUCCAUGGCCCAGUUUCUUCAGGUGGAAAACCGCAUCAAGAUGCCGCGGCCUCAGCGUUUCCCGGACAGUUUCCACCAAGCGCUGCAGUCCCUGGUGCUGUCCAUCAUGCCACACAUCACCAUUCGACACAAGGAAAUCCCAGAGGAAGCUCGGAGCAUUAACAUUAGCCUGGCGAGUCUCAUCAAGAGGUGCCUGACGUUCAUGAACAGGGGUUUCGCGUUCGGACUCAUCAACCACUACAUGUGCCACUUUGGUCUCAAAGAUCCAAAGGUGUUGACAGAAAUGAAGUUUGAGUUCCUCAUGACCCUGUGUAACCACGAACACUUCAUUCCCCUGAACCUGCCCAUGGCCUUCGGUCGCACCAAGCUGCAGAGAGUUCAAGAUUUUAUUCCGUAUGCGAUGGAGCUUUUGGGCCCUGUAGAGCAGAGCCUGGAGUUCAGCCUGACGGAGGAAUACUGCCGUAAUCACUUCCUGGUGGGUUUGUUGCUCAGAGAGGUGGCCGAGGCCCUGCAGCAGGGCCCUGAAGUCAGACAGCUGGCUGUGGGCGUACUGAAGAACCUGCUCAUUAAACACGCCAUGGAUGAUCGCUACACAGCAUUCAAGAACCAACAGGCCAGAAUCUGCUUGCUGUACCUCCCGCUUUACGAGCUGCUCUAUCAGAACUUGAAGCAGCUGUCUGCUCAGCCACAGACCUCCAGUCCUGGACUUGGUCUGAAUGGCUCCAGAGAUGAUCUGGUAUCAACCAGUUCUACAGACAGCAAGAGAAUCAGCACCGCAAUGGACAAAGACCAUGCUGCAGCGGCGUGGCUCCACCAUGAGCUGCAGCCCCAUGCCUCCUGUCAGCAGACUGGGACAGUACGAGAUUAAAGGCCUCCUGUUCUCCUUCUUGCACAUCGUCAAGACGCUGUCAGAGGACACUCUGACGGCCUACUGGAGUAAAAUCAGCCCUCAGGAUGUCAUGAAUUUCCUCAGCCUGCUGGAGAUCAGUUUGUUUCAGUUCGGCUACAUUGGAAAAAGGAACAUCAGCAGGAGCCAGGAGGUGGGCUUUUUGAAGCUCUUCUCUUCAGACAGAAAGUCCCAGACCAUGCCAGCCAUGCGCCCGCACCGCGGCAGCCUCAUCCAGACCAAGAUGCACCAGCUCAGCACCAUGGAAACCUCCCUCACCCUAAACAUGGGUAUGGGGCCUUCUGAGGCAGAAAUCCACCAUCAGGCUUUGCUGGAGGGCAACAUUUCCACUGAGGUGUGUCUGAGUGUCCUGGAUGUCCUGUCUCUGUUCACCCAGUGGUUUAAGAACCAGCUUAUGGACAGUGAUGGUCACAACCCCCUGAUGAGGAAGGUGUUUGACGUCUACCUCACCUUCCUUAAAGUCGGCCAGUCGGAGGCGGCGAUCAAACACGUCUUCGCUGCGCUUCGAGCUUUCAUUAACAAGUUCCCAUCGGUGCUCUUCAAGGGCCGUGUGACCCUGUGCGAGGAUCUGUGCUGCGAGGUGCUCAAAUGCUGUGUGUCCAAGCUGGGCUCCCUGAGGGCCGAGGCGUCGGCGCUGCUUUACCUGCUCAUGAGGAACAACUACGAGUUCACAAAGAGGAAGACCUUCCUUCGCACACACCUGCAGAUUAUCAUCGCAGUGAGCCAGCUGAUCUCUGACGUGGCGCUGACAGGAAGUUCACGCUUCCAGGAGUCCCUGUCCAUCAUAAAUAACUUUGCAAACAGUGACAAGACCAUGAAGUCCACGGCGUUCCCUUCAGAGGUGAAAGGGUUGACCAUGCGGAUACGUACAGUGCUGAUGGCCACCGCGCAGAUGAGGGAGCACGAGAAAGAUCCCGAGAUGCUGCUGGACCUGCAGUACAGCCUGGCCCGCUCCUACGCCAGCACCCCCGAGCUCAGACGAACCUGGUUGGACAGCAUGGCCAGAGCUCACCUGAAGAAUGGUGAUCUGUCCGAGGCUGCCAUGUGCUACGUUCAUGUGGCUGCACUCGUUGCAGAAUAUUUGCACAGAAAAAAGCUGUUCCCCAGUGGCCUCGCAGCCUUUAAGAAGAUCAGCUUUAACAUUGACGAGGAAGCAGCCAUGAAAGAAGACACAGGAAUGCAGGAUGUUUACUAUACUGAGGAGGUUCUGGUGGAGCACCUCGAAGUCUGUGUUGAAGCUCUGUGGAAAGCYGAACGCUACGAGCUCAUCACACACAUCGCCAAGCUCCUCAUUCCUGUCUACGAGAAGCGGAAUGAGUACGAGAAACUGAGCCGGCUCUACGACACCCUGCACAGGGCCUACAACAAAAUCAUGGAGGUGAUCCAGUCUGGUCGCAGGCUGCUCGGCACGUACUUCAGAGUGGCUUUUUAUGGUCAGGUUUUCUUUGAGGAUGAAGAUGGGAAGGAGUACAUUUACAAAGAGCCCAAACUUACGGGCCUGUCAGAAAUCUCCCAGCGGCUGACGACGCUCUACGAGGAGAAGUUUGGCCCAGACAACGUCAGGAUCAUUCAGGACUCAAACAAGGUGAAUCCCAAGGAGCUGGACUCCCGCUUCGCCCACGUCCAGGUGACGUUCGUCAAGCCGUACUUCGAAGAGAAGGAGGCGCCGGAGAAGAAGACGGACUUCGAGAAGUGCCACAACAUCAGCCGCUUCGUGUUCGAGACGCCGUACACGCUGUCGGGGAAGAAGCACGGCGGCGUGGAGGAGCAGUGCAAGAGGAGGACGGUCCUCGUCACUGCCAACACGUUCCCGUACGUGAAGAAGCGCAUCGAGGUGGUGGGCGAGAAGCACGUGGAGCUGAAGCCCGUGGACGUGGCCAUCGACGAGAUGAAGGCUCGGACAGCGGAGCUCGCCAAGCUGUGCUCCAGCCAGGAGGUGGACAUGAUCCAGCUGCAGCUCAAACUGCAGGGCUGCGUCUCUGUGCAGGUGAACGCAGGCCCCAUGGCGUACGCCCGGGCUUUCCUGGAUGACAGCAAACCCAGCUCGUCCGGCAGUAAGAAGACCAAAGAACUCAAGGAUGUUUUCAGACGUUUUGUGGAGGUGUGCAGCAUGGCUCUGGACAUAAAUGAGCGGCUUAUUAAAGAGGAUCAGUUCGAGUACCACGAGGGCCUGAAGUCCAAUUUUAAAGAGAUGGUGAAGGAACUUUCAGACAUCAUUCACGAACAGAUCUACCAGGAGGACAUGAUGCGCUCUCUGCUUCAGAAUUCCCUCCACGUGUUUCGUGCCAUCAGCGGAACGUCCACCGACCUGAGCUGACCCAUUUAACCACCACCCACCCGCCUCCUUCCUUCCACAAUGUUUAUCCCGUCGCUGCUCCCUUAAGGAUGUGAACGGAGCGAUAACGGGGCAACCGUCUGCCUAAGCUUGCAGAGACGGCCGCACUGGUGAAGACGCCAUCAGCCUGUCUGCAGCAUCUCUGCUGGAUGUUCAGAGGAAUGUGUGCAGUGUGCAGAACAAUCAUUUCACAGCAGCAGUAUUUCACAGAAUGUAUUAAAGCAGCUAAGUGUGUGCAUGCUGGGUAAAGCCAAGUUGUAAUGCACCUUAUGUUGUGUUUUGCCUUGCACGACUUGGUUAGUUCUGCACCGAAGCAAUCCUCUGACCUUUGACCUUAGAACCUAUGCACCUCUCUCACUCCGAUAUCAACUCUUCUAUUCGAGAGGACUUUUCAAACAAACAGCAGCAUCUUAAUGUUGUUUAUUUUAGGUUGUUUUUUCCAGUGUUUUCUUUGUGUUUGUGUGUUUCAGGUCAUUUGUGUCGCAGCAGCAGGCUGUGACAAAGUUCACCAAUAAAACCAGUUCUGUUUUGACACAUCAGCCGGUGUGUCGUGCGGAGGGUUGGUAUUUAUAAGCUCGCAGCGCAUUCCAGGAAGUCAUAAACAGAUUGACUCUCUGCAAAAAAAAAAAGAAAGGCAGCUUGGAGAAUUUUAAAAKAUAUAAUCGCAUUAUAUCAAACCUUGGGGGGGGGGGGACUGUUAGCAAAAACGAUUGCUUUAAACCUUUUGAAUUAAACUUAAAGAUCUGUUGUUAGUUGAAGGAACGCAUAUUGUCAUACCAGGGUUUUAGACUAACAACAAAGCUGUACAUGUUUGGUCAGAAACCACAAAAUAAUGUUAUACACAAUCAAAUGUGACAUCAGGCUCAGCGUAUGUGUUGUGGAGGAUUCUCAGCAACUAAAACACCAAAUUUUGACUCUAUAUGUCAAAUUGCCCAAGUUAAAACCUUUUUUGUGUUUGCUGUGGUCACCGUCUUCAGUUAGAUUUUCUCUAAAAUGAAAUCUGUUGACGUGCGUCCAUUGAUAACUUUGGUUUUCGUUCAGAUUUGUCAAGUGGUUCAUGUUGUCCAUUUUGCUGACAAAUACAGACAAAGCCAUUCUUUCACCUGCAGAUAAUCAAAAGGACUGGGUCCUGAAAUAUCAGCUGUGUGAUCAGAUGAAUUCAGUUCAGUGAGAUGAGUUCCACCCAUCUGGGUUCAAAUCCAGUGCCUUUGUACUCUGCCUUCUGAAUUUUUAUUAUUUUUUUUAACAAAACCCGUCUGGUUCACAAAGGUAUUUUACAAGUGCUACACUGAAAUGAGCUGAUUAAUAUUAUUUAAGUAGAUGUACAUGAUGUGUAAAUUGAAUUAUGUAUGUAUAUUUUGUAGCUCUGUCUGAAAUCAGUCUUGGCAAGAAAGUUUUUUUUUUAAUUUUCCUUUUGUUUUUAUUGCAUUGAUUGUGAAGAUGGAGCUGCUUGUCAAACUUACUUUGUAAAGUUUUUUUUCCAAUAAAUGGUAAAAAAAA